AUGCCUUCCAAACCAAAUGCAAAGACAAAGCCGCCCAGGCUCGUCUUGUUCGACACCAUCCCAGAGCUAACUAUCGUCACCGGCUCCAUCUCAGAAAUGAUCAACUCUCCCACAAAGGUCAAGCCUCAAAACAGUCCCAACUCGCCCAUUUCCGGCACUUUCGGUACCUUUAGUAGUGGCAUCACCAACAGCAACAGCAACAGCAGCAACACAGCCAAAUACUCACCAACUCUCCCGUCACCCACGGCUUCAACCAGAAGAGACACGCCACCAGCGAGCAGCACACCAAAGUCUUCUCCAACAGCACCAACAACGCCACCCAUGCUCCCGCCUCCCGCUCCUUACCCCUGGCUCUGGUCCUGCCACUCCUGCCGGUCUGUAUACCGACUAGCCUGCACGCAGAGAUGUCUGGAGUGCGGCCACAUCUUUUGCUGUCUGAUGCCUGCCGUCAACGAAGGAGGAUCCCAAGAGAGAGACAAAAACGGCAAGAAACGAAAGCGAAGCGGAAGUGGCAGAAAGGGAGGAGGACCGUGUACCGCCGAGUUUGAUUACCUAGGUUGGUCGGCGUGGGGAAGUUAUAGACGGAGUGUGACGGGUGCUGCAACUAGGCGGGCUUUAAAAGUUGCUGCUGCUGCUGGUGGUGAUGGUGAAGAUGAUGAAGAGGAUCAUCUCGGUGGUGGAAACAGGAAGUUGGGGUUGAGUAGCAGCGGGAAGAGGAGACUGACCAGUGUCUCCAUCUCGCCCUUUCCCUCUCCCCCUUCCAGCUCUUCCAGCUCUCCCAGCUCUACGAGCGAAGACACCACCACCACCCCAACCACCAGCAUCGACUCCUCCGACUGGGCGAAGUCGGCCGAAGAAAAACCUGCCGCUGCUCGUCUACAGGAUUUUGCAACAUGGUAUCUCAUCCCCGUCCCAACCAUAGACUCCUCACCAUCUUCAUCUCAGUCCUCAACCUCUUCAUCCUCACCAGGAAAGAGAGCAGGCGUAACCUUAGCCUGGCACCACGUCCCCGAGCGCGAAACCCGCACCAUCGCCCGUGCCAAAGAAAAGAUAUACGUCGAGCACACCCACAACUGCUGGUCACAUUGCGACUACCCAUCCGAGUGUCGCCAGGCUGUCAUCACUGCGUGCGAGGAAGACCGUGCCAAGAUCGAUAGAAAGGGUAAGAAACUUGUAUGGGUAGAUGACCGUGAAAAAGACGCCAUCGAGGCUAGACGGCGGAAAGAAAGGGAGACAGAAAGGGAGAACAUGAAGCGAGCGUUGGGGGCUAGGAGGAGUCGAGCUGGACAAGAGAAACGGGAGAGGAGGAUGGGUGGGCAGAGGGGUGCUGGACGAAAGGGACGGGGACAUGGACAUGGGGGAAGUGGAAGUGGAAGUGGAAGUGGAAAUGGGAGUGCGAGUGGUGGGAAGAAGAAGUGGGAAUGGGGGUUGGAGCCGGUGGCUGAGUGUGUCGAGGAAGAGGAGAAGGAGGACGUUGAGAUGAAGGAUGUUCAAACUGACAAGGAUGGCGACUCUUCCUCUUCCUCUUCAUCGUCAUCGUCGACCUCUUCUGCUGGUGGUAGCAGUAGCUCCUCUUCUUCAGACUCGUCGAGUUCAGAGGAUGAAGGGUUGCUUGUCAACGAGUCCGAGUGGAUGGAUACCAUGCUAGCAACAACAAUGUCACAAGGAACGCAAGAGGGUCCGGAGGAUGAUAACACCGGUAACCUCACGAUCGCCAUGCUUGAGCCCUUCUCUAGGGUGGACGGUUGCAGUUCUUGA